CCAGAAACCAGAAACAGGAUGUACCACGAACCACUGCUUCGAACCCGGAGAAAGCGAACAUGAUGAUGCGUAGAUUCGUAGUGAUUACCGUUACUUAGGUAAAGUUAGUUGAGUUUAUGGUAGACAAAAUCUCUUAAAAUUUAUUUCACUGUAUUUAUAGAUGAUUUUCUAUAAAAAUUAUCGUGUCAAUUUGUAGUGAGUGUGUGUUGUGUUAGUUUAUGAUAAGAAUGGGUUAGAGAAAAAUUAAUGGAAAUGCCGAUGAUACCAUGGAUACUACUGAUGAGCCUUCUAUGCGCUUUCGCCCAGAGUCAGGAUAAACCACCGCUUACUGUAUCCGUUCAAAGGAGUUGGAAACUAGCGGAAAAUACUUCCGUUGGUAGCUUAGUCGCCCAAGCUUUCUCAGAGCCUCAAGGUGAUGAUAUUAUAUUCGGACUGGAACAUGCGACUGGGUUUAAUAUUUAUCAGAGCAGUGACCUUAAACCUCUACCAUUCGUUAUCAAUCCGAAGACCGGAUAUAUUUACACCAAUCAAACGCUGAGUAAUUUGGGUGAUAGCAUGACACUGUAUGUGACUGCUGAGUACAACGAUAGCAGCAUCAGUUUGCUCACUUCAAAAGUACAAAUUUUUGUGCGAAUCGAUAAACAGUCAAAAAAAUCGAAUACGAUUGCUGUGAAUCAAAAUUUCCGCGGAACUCCAGUAAAUUAUCCCGGCUAUGGAAUCGAUCCUUCAGAACUUCCGUGGAAAAAGAAUUCAACUAAAUUAAAUAACGUUAAUAAUGCGUCGCUCUAUUCACCACCAUCUUCAUCCACAUCAACAGAAUCUGUAUCAAAAUCGAGCGUGUUGAAUGAAGAUGAGUCUAGUCACUUUAAUGUAGAACAAUCAACUCGAACAAAAACAGAAGAACCACCUCUCAACAACUCGAAGAAUGUUGAAACUGUAUUGAUCCCGUCACGUGAACCAAAUGGUGGUAAACUGAUCAUUGCCUUGAUUCCAACAAUUGUCAUAUUUACAAGUUUAUUUAUCUCUGGAGUGAUCGCUUGUCUGUUCCGUAAAAAGAUAUGUAAAAAGAGGAAUAAAAUCAAAAAAGACGAUAUGAAAAAAUCUUCGUGUAGUGUAUUAUCUCUGGAAGAAUCGAUGGUAAUGCACCAUUGUAGAGGUGUUUGCGGAUUAAGUAACGAAUGCGAUUCUUGGGAUUCAGAGAGUCAUAAUCAAAGUACCAUGAUAUUGAAUAAACUUGGUAAAAUGGCUGAUAAAUGGGAAAUACCUAGACAUCGUAUUAAAGUUUUCAAUAUCUUGGGAGAAGGUUGUUUCGGACAAGUGUGGAAAUGCGAAGCUAUGAACAUCGACAAUAAAGAAGGUCCCACAGUGGUCGCAGUCAAAAUGUUGAAAGAAAAUGCUGGAGAGCAAGAAAGAUCUGACUUAGUUCAAGAACUUCAAGUUAUGAAGAUGCUUGAUCCGCAUCCAAACGUUGUACGAUUACUUGGUUGUUGCACAGAGAAAGAUCCUAUUUUUGUAAUUAUGGAGUAUGUGCCUAAUGGUAAAUUACAGAGUUAUUUGAGACAUUCACGAGCUCAACAUUAUUAUGACAAUAUGCACGGUUCGAGUAAUACGUUAACAUCACGAGAUUUAACGUUGUUCUGCUAUCAAAUAGCUAAAGGAAUGCAAUAUCUUUCUUCGAAAGGUAUAAUCCAUCGAGACUUGGCCGCUCGAAAUAUUCUAGUCGGUGAAAACAACAUGUGCAAAGUGGCUGAUUUCGGUUUUGCUCGAGAUAUCAUGACCCAGCAUGUGUAUGAGCGGAAAUCUGAAGGUCGAUUACCGAUACGUUGGAUGGCGCCGGAAUCUCUAUUCGAUAACAUGUUCUCGGUAAAGUCAGAUAUUUGGAGUUUUGGUGUCCUGGUUUGGGAAAUUGUCACCUUAGGUUCAACACCAUAUCCAAAAUUAACCGCUGCUGAAGUCAUGAGUAAAGUUCGUGAAGGAUAUCGGCUGGAGAAACCAGAACAUUGCAGAAGAGAGUUGUAUAAUAUUAUGUAUUAUUGUUGGGACGAAGAUCCUAAUAAGAGGCCUACGUUCAUGGAACUCGUAGACCUUUUAGAACAACUUUUAUUGACAGAAACUGAUUACAUUUUGCUGGAAAGAUGUCCUGAUCAUUCAUAUUACAAUACGGUUCCGUUGAGUGGAGAAAAGUUGUAAAUGUUAUGGUUUUGUUGCAAAAGGCUCGUGCUUUAAUAGACAAAGGAAUCGUUUCAACCUGCAGCAAAAUCGGACCAAAGUUGUAGAUAAUUUUAAUCCGAAUCGCCAUCAUCUCCAUGUCAUUAGUUUUUUCUUACUAUUAAGAUGCUUCAUUUUUGAGAUAUGUACCUAUUUCGUGUAAAAUAGUUCGACUUCAUUAAAGCUUUAUACUCAACCUUCCUCAAAAGCUUUCGUUCCUGUUAUCGUGUUUGUGCUAAGUAAUAGUAAAAAGUAUUUACUUUUGUUAUUAUUUUUUUUUUUUACAAUUUUAAUAAAAUUCUUUUACACUUGUAA